AUGGAUGCGUUAAUUGAGGGGGGUGAACGAAUUGGGUGUUGGCAUUUAUCAGGCUUCUACGGACACCCUAAGACUGCUCUAAGGUUGGAAUCAUGGAGAUUGCUUAAUUCUCUAAGGGAUAGUUCACAGUUGCCGUGGCUAGUUAUUGGAGAUUUUAAUGAAAUUAGAUGUCAAGCAGAAAAGGAGGGAGGGGCAUCUAGGCCGGUUCAGCAAAUGGCCAGGUUUAAUGCUUCUAUUAACUAUUGUGGGUUGAAGGAGGUUGGUUUUGUAGGUCCUAAAUUUACAUGGCUGUACCAGAAACGGGAUGGCACUCAAAUUAGGGAGAGGUUGGAUAGGGCCUUAGCUUCUGUAGAUUGGCAUUCUCAUUUCCCUAAUGCUAAGCUUCAUCAUAAGUCCUCAUCUGCUUCGGAUCAUAAUCCUCUUCUGCUGCAUCUAUUCUCCAAGAAAAAACAUCUGAAACACAAGAAAAUUUUUCGAUUUGAGUCGAUGUGGUUGAAGGAUGAGAGAUGUGAGAAUGUGGUGUCAGAGGCAUGGGAGGAAGGGUUGUGCAUGGCCUCUGAUUUUCCUAUCUUAUCUUGCAUGGAGUCAUGCAGAAACAAAUUGGAGGCUUGGAAUGGGCAUGAGUAUGGGCAUGUGGGAAAGAAGAUUGCUUGCUUACAAAAACGUCUAGAAUGGCUGGAGCUGCAAGAGUCAUCACCUACAGCUAUUAAAGACUUACGAGAUACUAGAGUGGAAUUGAAUUGUUGGCUCGAUAAGGAGGAUGCAAUGUGGAAACAAAGAGCAAGGCUAAACUGGUUUCGGGAGGGAGACCGAAAUACCCGUUUCUUUCAUGCAAAGGCUUCAGCACGGUUUCAAAAGAACUUAAUUGAAGGGGUGUUUGAUGCCGAAGAUGUGUGGCAGGUUGAUCAAGGGGAGAUUGAGAAGGUAUUUAUUGACUACUACUCUGAUUUGUUCACUUCUUCAGCACCAUCAGAGUUCACUGAAAUUAUGAAGGCCGUUCAACCUAGAGUCACCCAAUUAAUGAAUUCCAUGCUGGUGAAGGAAUUCCAAGCAGGUGAAGUGCACAAAGCCUUGAAGCAGAUGUAUCCUUUAAAAGCCCCGGGUCCGGAUGGUAUGCUCCCUCUUUUUUUCCAAAAAUUUUGGGCUACUGUAGGUGGAGUAAUGACUAAGACAGUAUUGGAUUUCCUAAAUUUGGGCAUUACCCCGCCAAAAUUUAACGAAACCCAUAUUGUUCUGGUCCCUAAAACUACUUCUCCUAAAAGAGUAAUGGAGUAUAGACCAAUCAGUCUCUGUAAUGUUAUUUACAAACUGGCAUCUAAAACCCUUGCCAACAGACUCAAAAAAAUCCUCCCAUCUAUUAUCAGUGACACCCAAAGUGCUUUUGUGAAUGGUAGACUGAUUACUGAUAAUGUUCUAGUAGCUUUUGAGGCAAUGCACCAGAUUAACUUGAAGAAAUCAGGGGCAAAAGGUGAGAUGGCUCUCAAGCUAGACAUGAGUAAGGCCUAUGACAGGGUGGAAUGGGCAUGUUUAGAGAAGAUAAUGGAGAAAUUGGGGUUUCACUCAAGAUGGAGAAGCUUGAUGAUGCAAUGCAUCUCUUCUGUCACUUAUGCGGUACGUGUCAAUGGUAAACCUAGUGGCCAUAUUAUUCCCUCCAGAGGUCUUCGCCAAGGUGACCCACUUUCCCCAUAUUUAUUUUUGAUUUAUGCUGAAGGUCUUUCUGCUUUAAUUAAAAAAGCUACAGCUGAUGGCUUGUUGGAAGGUGUAUCUGUGUGUAGGGGUGGCCCUUGUCUAUCUCAUUUAUUUUUUGCAGAUGACAGUCUAAUCUUUUGCAAAGCCACUAUUGAUGAAUGUGUAGCCCUCCAAAAAGUACUGAGUACGUAUGAGCAAGCCUCUGGCCAACAGUUGAACCGUGCCAAAACCUCUCUAUUUUUCAGUCCUAACACCGCAAAGGAGAUCCAGGAGGAGAUAAAGGUGAGGUUUGGGGCUCAAGUGAUUAAGCAGCAUGAAAGGUACCUGGGCCUCCCAUCUUUGGUGGGAAGAAAUAAAAAGAAUACUUUCAAGGAAGUCAAGACAAAACUGGCUAAGAAAUUGGCUGGUUGGAAGGAAAAGCUAUUGUCUAAAGCUGGAAAGGAAGUUCUGAUAAAAGCGGUGGCCCAAGCUAUUCCGACGUACACUAUGAGUUGCUUUAAAAUUCCUGAUUCCUUUUGUGAUGAGAUGACGAGUAUCAUUAGGAAUUUUUGGUGGGGGCAAUGCAAGGAGGAACGGAAAAUGGCAUGGAUCAGUUGGGAGAAACUUUGUGCCCCAAAGGCUUGUGGGGGUAUGGGAUUUAAGCAACUGAAGCAAUUUAAUUUGGCCAUGCUGGCAAAACAAGGUUGGCGGCUCCAGACUGGGAAUGAUUCCUUAUUGUAUAAGGUAUUUAAGGCCAAAUAUUUUCCGAGGUGUGAGUUUGUUGAUGCUAAUCUUGGAAAAAAUCCUUCUUUUGCUUGGAGGAGUAUUUUGGCAGCUCAAGCGAUUAUCCGGAAUGGUAAAAGGUGGCAGGUAGGGAAUGGGCAUAGUAUCAUGAUUUGGAAGGAUAAAUGGAUACCUUCUCCCUCAACUUAUAAGGUAGUAUCUCCAAUCUCAAAUCUUCCUGAGGACUCUCGAGUUGCAGCCCUUAUUGACGAGGAGAAGGGUGCAUGGAAGAAGGAGGUGGUGCGGCAAACUUUCCUACCUCAUGAAGCUGAUUUAAUUUGUAGUAUAGCUCUGAGUGCGAAUCUGCCUGAGGAUAAGCAGGCCUGGGCUUUAACGCACAAUGGAAUAUUUAGUGUCCGUAGUGCAUAUAAGCUAGCCGUGGAGAUGAGUUCAACUGUGCCGGCGGGUAGUGUAUCAAAUGGCAAUCAGUUAAGAAGAUUUUGGAAGUACUUAUGGAGCUGUAAUAUCCCGCACAAGAUCCGCCACUUCGCUUGGAGGGCUUGCAAGGAUGUUUUACCCACAAAGGAGAAUUUGGUUAGGCGCAAGGUGCUGCUGGACAGUGUUUGUGAGGAAUGCCAGAUGGAGGACGAAUCUUCAGGCCAUUUAUUUUGGCGCUGUCAACGUGCUAGAGAAGUUUGGCGCACGUCCUCUCUGUUUCUGGGUUCAGUGGAACACCAUUUCGGUUCAUUCAUGGACUUGCUGUGGCACGUAGUGAUGAUUGCUCAAUGGGAUCACAGUGGGGUGGAACAUUUGAUUGUGAUAGCUUGGGCGUUGUGGUCAAACCAGAACGAACACAGACAUGGCGGUGCGAAGAAGUCAGCACAAGCUAUAGUACAGGGUGCGUUGGAAUAUUUAGUUAAGUAUCAGGCGUGUUUGGAGGAUACAGAUUCGAAGCAGCCUGCUGCAGCAGUGGUAUGGACGCCUCCCUCUCCUAAUCGCUACAAAAUUAAUGUAGACGGUGCUGUGUUCAAAGAGCAGAAAAUGGCGGGGGUGGGGAUUUUAAUUAGAGAUGCAGCGAGUCAGAUGAUUGGUGCCAGCAGUAAAAAACUUGAUGCUCCUCUAGGUGCCAUGGAGGUUGAAGCUAAGGCUGUUGAGCUGGGCCUUCAAUUCGCCAAAGAUAUGUCUAUACAGGACUUCACGCUUGAGGGUGAUUCGUUGUCUCUAGUGAAUGCUUUGAGGGAGUUAUCUCCUCCUCCAUUAUCUGUUGCUGCUCUGGUUUUUAGUUCCAUUACUGUUGCUCAUAGCUUCCGUCAUGUAGAUUUCGCUCAUGUUGGUCGAAAUGGAAAUAAGCCAGCUCAUUUACUUGCUAGACAUGCUUUAGGCAUUGCAGAUUUAUCUGUUUGGGUUGAAGAGACCCCUUGUUUUCUUGAACAAGCUCUCAACCAGGAUGUAUUUGUCAAUUCUUCUGAUUAA